AUGGUCUUUGUAUUAGUCACUGGGGCGACUGGCUUCGUGGGCUCCCAUGUUGUUGACCAGUUGCUUGACGCGGGACACAAAGUAAGAGGGACGGCGAGACCUAGCAAGGCCGACCGUCUCCGUGCCGCCUACAGUUCCUACGGUGACCGAUUUGAGGUCGCCAUUGUUGAGGACUUCACUACUUCUGAUUUGACUGCAGCAUUCAAUGGUACUGAGGCGCUCAUCCAUGUAGCCUCGCCGUUGGCGGGCGGCGCGCCUGAUGUUGUACUCAAGGGCGCGGUAGAUGGGACUAACAGAGUUCUCGAUUUCGCCGCUAAGGCAGGGACUAUAAAGAAGAUUAUCGUCACGUCUAGUGUCGCUUCGCUGGUCCAUUUCGAUGCGGCUUGGGAUAAUCGCGUGUUUGGCGACGAAGACUGGAACCCGCAGACGUACGAGGAUGCGAUCAAGCCGGGUCUCCACCCGUUGUCGGUCUACUUCACAUCAAAGAAACUGUCUGAACUGGCCGUCCGUCAGUUCGCGAAGGAACAUCCAGAGAUCGAGAUUUCUACGGUACAUCCACCAUACAUAUACGGCCCCACUGGGCGCGGUCAAGUCCUCGACGCUCCUGCAGAGGGUACAAACUCUUUCAUCUACUCGCUAUUCCAAACCCCAGCUGGUUCUCCCCGAAAAUCACUCCCCGACCCGAAAUCCAUGGUCACACCCAUCUAUAACCAUGUCUCUGACGUUGCUCGCGCGCAUGUCCUUCUUCUCUCUCCUCCGUCUGGUUCACCUUCGUCCCAGCCGGGAGAAGUCAAGCGUGUGGUCCUCAAGAGUGGCGAAAUGCGCUGGGUGGACGCGGUUGAGUAUCUUUCCAAGACAAGGCCAGCGCUGAAGGACAGGUUGGUUGUGAUUCCUGAUGGAUUUGAGCACCCGAAGGGGUGGGCGAGGUUCAGUGGGGAGAGUGCGGAGAGGUGGAUUGGGAUAAAGGAAGGCGAUUACAAAGGGUGGAAGGAGACGUUGGACGGGACGGUCGACGAUAUUUUGGGAAGAGAGAAGAAAUUGGGGGUCGUGACAACGUUGUAA